UAUGGUAGUCCUAUCCAUCAUUAUCUCAAUGUUUGUAUUGAACAUGUGUACCACCCUGUAUAUCUGAAUUGUAUUUCAGGUGCUUACUAUUGCUUCAACCUGGUUAUGGUAGUCCUAUCCAUCAUUAUCUCAAUGUUUGUAUUUAACAUGUGCGUCAGAGGGCCAAGAAGGGGAAGUGCACCAAACUGGCUGAAGUCGCUUGUUCACGGUAAGCUGGGUUCCCUGUGUUGCGUUCGAGAAGAAAUGUACUCCCCAUUGGUCCACUUUGAACACAGAGAUGACGACGAAGCUCAGCUCACGUCAAAUAUUGUCAGAAAUAAUGACACCGAUGAAAUGACCGAUCUGAACACAAACAAGCUUGAUAAAACAUUGACGGAGAUCUUGGGAUAUUUGAAGAGCUCCAAUCAAGAUCCCUCGUCCAUCACCUGCGCAAGUUAACCAGGACGAGUGGUACAAGGCUGCAUUGAUGCUUGAUCGCAUUGCACUCAUGUUGUACAUCAUCGUUUGUAUCAUAGGAUCUAUAUGUAUACUUUUGUAACUGUACCUGCUAUACCAAUAUCAUAGGAUCUAUA